AUGCCCAUUUACAUGCUCCUGGUCCCCUACCCUCUGCUCCACACUCUCACUACAGUCCCCUACCCUCUGCUCCAUACUCUCACUACAGCCCCCUACCCUCUGCUCCAUACUCUCACUACAGUCCCCUACCCUCUGCUCCAUACUCUCACUACAGUCCCCUACCCUCUGCUCCAUACUCUCACUACAGUCCCCUACCUCACUGCUCCAUACUCUCACUACAGUCCCCUACCCUCUGCUCCAUACUCUCACUACAGUCCCCUACCCUCUGCUCCAUACUCUCACUACAGUCCCCUACCCUCUGCUCCAUACUCUCACUACAGCCCCCUACCCUCUGCUCCAUACUCUCACUACAGUCCCCUACCCUCUGCUCCAUACUCUCACUACAGUCCCCUACCCUCUGCUCCAUACUCUCACUACAACCCCCUACCCUCUGCUCCAUACUCUCACUACAACCCCCUACCCUCUGCUCCAUACUCUCACUACAACCCCCUACCCUCUGCUCCAUACUCUCACUACAGUCCCCUACCCUCUGCUCCAUACUCUCACUACAACCCCCUACCCUCUGCUCCAUACUCUCACUACAGUCCCCUACCCUCUGCUCCAUACUCUCACUACAACCCCCUACCCUCUGCUCCAUACUCUCACUACAGUCCCCUACCCUCUGCUCCAUACUCUCACUACAACCCCCUACCCUCUGCUCCAUACUCUCACUACAACCCCCUACCCUCUGCUCCAUACUCUCACUACAACCCCCUACCCUCUGCUCCAUACUCUCACUACAGUCCCCUACCCUCUGCUCCAUACUCUCACUACAACCCCCUACCCUCUGCUCCAUACUCUCACUACAGUCCCCUACCCUCUGCUCCAUACUCUCACUACAGUCCCCUACCCUCUGCUCCAUACUCUCACUACAACCCCCUACCCUCUGCUCCAUACUCUCACUACAGUCCCCUACCCUCUGCUCCAUACUCUCACUACAGUCCCCUACCCUCUGCUCCAUACUCUCACUACAGUCCCCUACCCUCUGCUCCAUACUCUCACUACAGUCCCCUACCCUCUGCUCCAUACUCUCACUACAGUCCCCUACCCUCUGCUCCAUACUCUCACUACAACCCCCUACCCUCUGCUCCAUACUCUCACUACAACCCCCUACCCUCUGCUCCAUACUCUCACUACAACCCCCUACCCUCUGCUGCAUACUCUCACUACAACCCCCUACCCUCUGCUCCAUACUCUCACUACAACCCCCUACCCUCUGCUCCAUACUCUCACUACAGUCCCCUACCCUCUGCUCCAUACUCUCACUACAGUCCCCUACCCCCUCCAUACUCUCACUACAGUCCCCUACCUGCUCCAUACUCUCACUACAGUCCCCUAUCCUCUGCUGCAUACUCUCACUACAGUUCCCUACCCUCUGCUCCAUACUCUCACUACAGUCCCCUACCCUCUGCUCCAUACUCUCACUACAACUCCCUACCCUCUGCUCCAUACUCUCACUACAACCCUCUACCCUCUGCUGCAUACUCUCAAUGCAAUCCACUACCCUCUGCUCUAUACUCUCAGUGCAGUCCACUACCCUCUGCUCUAUAG